UGCUUCCACCUUCCACCAAUCCCACCGUUUCUACUCUUUCUCUAUCUUUCCCAUUCAUUUUUAAAAAAUAAAAAAAAUUAAUUAAUAAUAAAUAUAAAAUCAAUGAAUAUGUCAAGAGUUUAGGUUGUCAAAAAACAUCAUUAUUCCAGCUUAUGCUUAGCUAGAUUCUUCCUUAACAUGUCUUUGUUCUUCUCCUGCAACUAUUUCUGUUCCAUCAUCUCUCUCCCAAAAUAACAAAACACAGAUCCUUCAGGUUUUUUCUUCAGGAGCUACAACACUGUUUAAAAGAUCUUCCUAGGAUUCAGUUUACUUCAAAAAGACAAGAUUUUUAGAAGCAAAACAAAAAACCCAUGAUGUUGGAUUUGAGAAAACAUGGUUUGUUUAUCUGUGUUUUGUAUAUGUUGUUACCCUUGUUAUGCUUUUGUGCCACUUUUGUUCCAUCUGAUAAUUACCUUAUAGAUUGUGGUUCAACUUCAACUACUUCAGUUGGUAAUAGAAAUUUCACAUCAGAUAAUUCUAAUAAGAAGUUACUUUCAACUCAGCAAGAAAUUCUUGCUAGUACUUCUUCAAAAUCAGUUUCUUCUGAUGCUGAUGAAUCACCUCUUUAUCAAACUGCAAGAAUUUUCACUGGAUCUUCUAAGUAUACUUUUCCUAUUAAUCAAAAAGGGAGACACUGGAUCCGGUUUUAUUUCUUUCCAUUUAUUUAUGAUAGAUACAAUUUAAAUGCUGCAAAAUUUUCUGUUGCAACACAAACUUUUGUUCUUCUUAGUGGUUUCACUGCUCAGAAGAAUCCUGUUAUGAAGGAAUACUCUAUCAAUGUUACAACAGAUACCCUUGUGAUUACUUUUAACCCUUUUGAUAAUUCAGUUGCAUUUGUGAAUGCUAUUGAAGUUGUUUCUAUGCCGGAUGAUCUUAUUGUUGAUGAUGCUAGUUCCUUAAAUCCGGCGUCGACUUAUUCUGGAUUAGGGUAUCAGGCUUUGGAGACUGUUUGGAGGGUUAACAUGGGUGGUCCGGUUGUUAACUCCGGACAAGACCCUCUUCAUAGAACUUGGAUUUCGGAUCAAAAGUUUCUUCUACAAUCGAGUCUGACCAAUGAUGUUUCAAAUAUUCCUGCUGUUGAGUAUGUUCCUGGAGGGGCAACACAAAACACUGCUCCGUCUAGUGUUUAUGGUACUGCUGCAGAGAUGAACACUAGUGGUGAUGCUAAUGUUAAUUUCAACGUGACAUGGACGUUUGAUAUGGAGGCUGGAUUUCAGUACCUUGUGCGAGCUCAUUUUUGUGAUAUAGUGAGUAAAGUUCUCAAUGACCUUUACUUCAAUGUUUAUAUUGACUCGUUGGCGGCUGCUAAGGACCUUGAUCUUAGUUCUCAAAGUAAUAAUGUUUUGGCUGUUCCAUAUUAUAAGGAUUUGGUUACACCUUUAGCUGACAGCAAUAAACUUCGUGUUAGUAUUGGCCCUUCCACUUUGAAUAAGGACAACCCUAAUGCUAUUUUGAAUGGACUGGAGAUAAUGAAAAUGAACAAUUCUAUAGGCAGUCUAAGUGCAGAUGCGGCGUCUGGUGCUGGGGGUAUUAGUUCUGGUUCGAGUUCUAGUAAGGUUGGCGUGAUUGCUGGUGUGAGUGUUGGGGUCGUGAGUGUAUUGGUCCUGGCUGGAGUUUGUUGUGUACUGUGCAGGAAAAAGAAGAGGUUGGCAAGACAAAGGCAGUCAAAGACAUGGAUUCCUUUAUCUGUCAACGAUGCAACAUCGCAUACAAUGGGAAGCAAGUAUUCCAAUGGCACUACAAUAAGUGCUGCUUCAAACUUUGAGUAUCGUGUCCCUUUUGCUGAAGUUCAGGAGGGUACAAACAAUUUUGAUGAGAGUUGGGUUAUUGGGGUAGGCGGUUUCGGGAAAGUCUACAAGGGAGAAUUAAGAGAUGGCAGAAAAGUGGCGGUGAAGAGAGGGAAUCCACGGUCGCAGCAGGGGAUUGCUGAAUUUAGAACUGAAAUUGAAAUGUUAUCUCAGUUUCGUCAUCGUCAUCUGGUGUCUUUGAUUGGUUAUUGUGAUGAAAAUAAUGAAAUGAUCCUUAUAUAUGAAUACAUGGAGCAGGGAACUCUCAAGAGUCAUCUAUAUGGUUCAGGAUUCCCGAGCUUAAGUUGGAAGGAGAGACUUGAGAUAUGCAUUGGAUCUGCUAGAGGACUUCAUUACCUUCACACCGGCUAUUCUAAAGCAGUUAUUCAUCGUGAUGUGAAGUCUGCAAAUAUCCUACUCGAUGAGAACCUAAUGGCUAAAGUUGCUGAUUUUGGAUUGUCAAAAACUGGUCCUGAGAUCGAUCAAACACACGUGAGCACUGCUGUCAAGGGGAGUUUCGGGUACCUCGAUCCAGAGUAUUUCAGGAGGCAACAACUGACGGAAAAGUCAGACGUAUAUUCCUUUGGCGUAGUUCUGUUUGAAGUUCUUUGUGCAAGGCCUGUUAUAGAUCCAUCUCUUCCUAGGGAAAUGGUAAACUUGGCAGAAUGGGCGAUGAAAUUUCAGAAAAAAGGACAGUUGGAACAAAUCAUCGAUAGAACGCUUGCAGGGAAAGUCAAACCAGAUUCUCUUAGGAAGUUUGGAGAAACCGCUGAAAAAUGUUUGGCUGACUAUGGUGUUGACAGGCCUUCAAUGGGAGAUGUCUUGUGGAAUUUGGAGUAUGCUCUUCAACUUCAAGAGGCUGUGGUUCAAGGCGAUCCUGAAGAAAACAGUACAAACAUGAUCGGCGAACUAUCCCCACAGGUCAACAAUUUCAACCAGGAUGCGAAUGUUUCGUCUGCUUCUGCUGUACAGUUCGAAUCUUCUACUGUCGAUGAUCUUUCUGGUGUUUCUAUGAGUAGGGUAUUCUCACAGUUGGUGAAGUCUGAGGGUAGAUGAGGUCUCCUUUUCUAAAUCAUGUAUUUUUAAGUAUUCUUUUAUCGUUUUUGUUGUUUGUCUUCAAUUCAGUAGCUAUCUGCUACCUAUGUAGCACCGACACUUCACAUUGAAGGCGUGUCUGGUGUCCAAUACUCGGUAUCCAACAUUGACACAACACUGACACGUGGUUACGAUCAAUUUUUCCACUUUUUCAAACUAUUACCGGUGUCGACGUGUCAGUGUUUGUGUCUGUGUUAGUGCUUCAUAGUCUGUCACAACAUAGAAGAUUGAUGCACUUCAUAGAGUUGUAAAGAAAGAUGAAGUUGUUGAAACAUGCUUGCUUAAUUGGUAAUCAGAGGUUUGCACCGGUUUAUCUUAAAAACUAAGUGCAAGUUCAGAGAAAUGUCUGAAUCUAAAAAUUGGCAAAGUUCUCAUACUGCCUAUAAGAGGAUUCAGUCACAUGUUUUUGUUCUUUUCUUUCACAUGAAAGAUUAAGGCCUGUUGUACUUUAAAUUUGUUAUAUGUAUUGCUGUUAAUACAAUUUGAAUCAUGGUUUAUUUAUUUUUUA